UUGCUGAUACUAAAAAUAUUGUUGUGUUGGGUAAUGCCUUCAAUAUAGAAUUCAAUGCCUCACUUUAUUAGCCAAAAAUUUAACGGAAAAAAAAAAUCCUUUAGUAGCAAACAAUUGAAAACCCUAUAUCAAACUUAACCAGUCUACAUUUUUCAUAAGUCAUAAUAAACAAUAAUUAUAGGGAUUAGAGUUAACACGUUAGAAGUUGAAAAAAUGGUCCAUUCAAGAUUUGUUUUCUUUGCUUUCCUCGCUCUCUCCGUUUUACUUGCGGUGAAUGAAGAAGAUUCAAUUUGGUCUUCCAACAAAGGAGAUUCAUUGUGUUGCAACGAUCACCCCGAAUUUGGAAUAUGUACUAAUAAUAUCAGUUGUAACAAGUGGUGUCUUCAAGGCUGUAGCAGUAAGAGAGGUGGCUUCUGCAAAAGAAGAAUUUGUCAUUGCUACUGUUAAAUUAAAACUAAUUGGGGUGCUUUGCUUUGUUCAUCGAUUUUACAAGAAAAACAUGUUUUCAGCAUUCUUGAGAUCUUGAGACACAAAACGCACUUCUUGAUGUGUUAGCGUCUGUGGUUUACAUAACGCAGUUCUUGAUGCAUCUACAUUAAUAAAGAUCUCUUCUUUCUUUUUUC